AUGUCGCUAUUUCUUCAGAGCUUUUCGCGCUCAGCGCCCAUUGCCACCCGCUCCAUCCAACAACGAAGCGAAGGUAGCUACCCUCCCUUUAAAACAAAAGAACAAAAACUAACGUACCUCCUCUCAGUCCUCGCACCAGUAAUCACCCGCACAUACGCCAGCAGCGCUGCACCCGGCCAGUCAUCCAACGUGUCCAACCCGCAAGCAAGCAGCGCCGAGAGCCAGUCCAUCAACAAGAGCGCCUCAGUCGGCCAAACCGACAAGAACGAUGGCGACCACGCAUCAAUACAGAACCCAGUCAGCCAUCCAGAGCACGACCGCGCAGGCGCGACGGAGGAGACAACGGAGAGUCAGGACAAUAUGAAGCAUGACCCGAAGGAGUCGGAUGCGAAGAAGAGGGAGAAGACGCUGAACUAUGGACAGAACAAGCCGCUGGAUGCGGCUGAUAAGUAG